AGUUUGUUUACACUUGUUGCAAUGGCGACCAUCACUGAGCUGAAGUGUGCCGUGAGGGAAACGCUGGAGUCCCGAGGUGUGCUUGGCCAGCUGAAGGCUCGUAUCCGGGCAGAGGUGUUCAGCGCCCUGGAUGAUCAGCGGGAACCUCGGCCGCCGCUGUCCCACGAAAACCUGCUCAUCAAUGAGCUCAUCAGGGAGUACCUGGAGUUCAACAAGUACAGAUACACUGCGUCAGUCCUGACAGCAGAGUCAGGCCAACCUGAAGUUCCCUUGGACAGACAGUUCCUGGCAAAUGAGCUUAAAGUCACAGAGGAUACAAGCUCCAAGUCUGUACCUCUUCUCUACGGCUUGGUGAGCCACUUUGUGAACAGUGAGAGUGGUGGGAAGGUGUUUCUGCGGGGCUCUCUGCCUGCUGCUUCCACUGCCAGCAACACAGUACCUGGACCUGACGCCUAAAAAACUGAGAGAACUGUCACAGUAUGGACUAAGACAUGCCUUUGCACAUACUUUUUUUAGGGGAUUUAAAUGUUCUUUCCAUAGUUUUUCCAACUUUUGUUCACCUAAGUGUAAUCUAAAGGCAUUACAGCAUGGACUAUAUCAAUUCUGCUGAUAAAAAUGCACAAAUGUUUUGUUAUUGAUCUCAUUUUGCCAAUGAUCCCAGAUGGCCUUUUUUGUUUAAGUUUGAAUGUUCGGUUUUACUAGUACGUUUUUUUUAAUCAUCAGUCAUGGUGGUACUGCUUGCAUUAAUUCAUAUUGCUUGUUCUCUCAGUUAAUUCAGGCCAAAUGUUAUCUGAGAUAGCAUUUUUCUGUGGCUUCUCUGUUUUAAUUUACAAAUGUCUGCUACUUUUAUAUUGUCUUUUAGUUGUUCAUAAAUAAAUGUUUUAUAUUUAUUCA